GCCCCGCACGGCCCCGAGGCGGGGCGGGCCCUGCCCGAGCGCGGCGUCGGGCGGAGGCCGCAGGCGGGGCCGCCGCCACCUCCUCCUCCUCUUCCUCCCUGGCCGCCGCCAGCCGUGCCGGCGGUGGGCCCCGCCAUGGGGCUCUGCCUGCCCUGCCUGGGGGGCGCAGUCAAGGACGUGGUAGAGACGCCCGACCCGGAAAUAAAAAGAAGACAGCUAGCAGAAGCUGCUGAGAAGAGGCAGAUGGAGGCUUCCUCUCGAGGUAUUAAGAGCACUUAUUCCUUAGAGCAAAAGAAAAAGAAACAGGAAGAAAUAGAAAAAAGAAUUGCAGCUUCAGGUUCUGGAGGAGAAGGAGGACUGAGAUGGCAGGUUGGAUAAAGAAGUAUGACUUCUGGAGAGAAGAUUGAUGUUUACUGCCAGUAACUUGCCAGUUUCUGCAGCCGAGUGGCACUUACUCAUCAUGUGGCUUUUGCUGUUUGCAUAUGAAGACUCAGCAGUACUUUGCCAUUGCAGGAGGGCAGUUGUGGAAUUGUGUACUAAGAAAGUUAAGAGCUCAAGCCUCUGAACACUAGAUUUUGGCCAACUUUUGUUUGUGUGCAUGUUUUAUUGGUUCCCUGUCAAGGGAGUGAGAUGGGUUUUCUCACGUAGAAGUGAUGUCUUGACCCUGUAGUCAGUCUGUGUGUAUGUUGUCUGGUCAGUUGGUACAUCUGUUUAUGGCCAGCUUAGGCAGAGUUCACAUGCCCAUGUGAUGUUCAACACUUACUUUGAGCUCUACAAUUAAACUUUUCUCCAACUCCUUAUAUAAAAUGGAGUUCAUAAAUAUGUAUUUGGAUAUGUAGGUUACCAUAUUUCUUUUCAGUUUUCUAAUAACUUGUGAACUGCUUAAGGAUUUAGUGCCUUUAAAAAAAAAAACAAACAAACAACUAAAGCAGACUCAAUGAUAGGCCCUUACAGACUGAAGCCUUUUGACACUGCAUAAAAUACCUUUAUAAACCCUGUAUACUUACAGCAAGAAAGCUGUUCUAUUGUGAGUCUAAUAAUCGUUCUCCUCACUUUCAGAUGUGAAUUUCUCUUAAACAUAUAAGUAUUUAUAAGGAAUACUGGAACAAAAAAUUAAAAACAGUUAAUUCA